AUGAAAACACUGUUUAAAUCAUUAGUGCUAUGGAAAACUAGUGGUACAACAUUAAAAACAAAAACAACCAUCAUAAACACCUACUCACUAUCACCAAUAACAUAUUUAUCAUACCUUGAAGAAUUUACAAAAGAUGAAGAAAUUCAAAUUAAUAAAUUAAUCUCAUGGUUUAUGAAUUCUCCCGCAAAUUCUGAAUCACCAACUCUCAAUACCAAUUCCAUUGAAAACAACACAUCAACCAUCCAUUCACGUGCAAAAAUACCUUUGAUGUGUUAUGAUAGAUCAUUAAAACCAUUAAAAGAAGGUGGUUGGGGUAUGUGGAAUAUACAAUUACGUCAAGUUGCUCAAAAGAUUUGGAUAUACAACAGAUUCUUACAAAUGCAUAAAUCUGCAAACAAUUCAAUAUACAUGAUAAGUUGGAUGGAUCAAAUCAUCAACAAAUCAAUCUCUUCUCCAUACCUUAUAAAAAUAAAAAAAGAAUGGGAAAACUAUGCAACUCAAAUUGGACAUCUAAAAGAUAAAGUUCAAAUCCUACAACCAAUAUUAACAAAAAACCAACCCUCUCAAACAUUAAACACAAAUAAUAUUUCACUACCACCAACACUCAAAGAAAUCUACUCGACAAUACUAAACAAUCACCAAUGCAAAUCAAAAGACUAUAUUGGCAAGAAAUAUUCAGAUCUACUUCUUACUUCGCACCAACAAUCAAUACAACUAUUAUGGAAAUACACAUACGACCAACUUUUUGUCAAAAUUCAAAAAUUAAAAGAUCCAAAAGGCCGAGAUACAAUGCAAAGAUUCCAUGCUAGAUGUCUUCCGAUUAAUCAUCUACACAACAAAGUUUGCCCCAUUUGCAACAAUGAAAUGAAUAAUGAUCCCUAUGGUCAUUUGUUUUUCAAUUGUCAGCACACAAUCAACUUCAUUAACCACGACAAAUUAAAAUAUUUUAUAUAUAAAAAUUGCAAUGGAAACAAAAACUGGUCACUAACAAAAAACCAUACAACAAAAUUAUACACACUCAUCUAUAAACCACAAACAAACAACAAAGCAUUUAAACCAGAUCCAACUAUCAAUAUUAAUUUUCAUUUUGCAGAAAACGCACAAUAUAAAAAAUACAGGUUCAACUGGAAUUAUAUAAACACAAAUCUUGAUCUAGUCAGAACACAUGCAUAUUGGAACAUAAUCUCAUUAGUUAUUCACCAAAUAUGGAUAUGGUUAUGCAAAUCAUUAUUUGACAUCAAUAUAACUCAAUCAAUUGAUAAUUGGAACAACCAAAUAAACAACACAACACUAGAUUAUGAUAUAUUAAAAUCAAAAUGGCACAAGCUAAUAAGAUUGGAAUAUUCAAGAACUUUAUCAAACUUUAACCAAUACUCAAUUAAAAACAACCUCACAAAAACUCAAAAAGAAACCCAAUGGUCCGAAACCAUCAAAAAAUUUAAAAAAGAAUGGAGCAUAAACACUAAUGAACCAAUUCCAACAAUUACACCACCAAUUAAUUAUUAA